AUGCUGGAGUCGACCUGCAGGGCCUUCUUCGACCUGCAAGGAGUCCAGCUCCGUCCCGCCCCGGAUGCAGUCAUGACGACCCACUGUGCUCGAGUGGUAGAGAGCGCACCCGCACAGAACAGAUCCAAAGCGGUAGAGGGACAGAUAGACGUACCUGCCGCAAACCGGGACGCAAAUCCAAGAGUUGGGUUUAUUUCAUAUUCCCGCCGACCUGCACCGGGGGAUGCACUACUGAGUGGCCCGACAUCAAGGUCAGCCACUGCGGAUGAGCGUGAUAGGUCUGGAGUUAGGCAGCUCAGGUUUGCUGAUCGGGUUAGGAGGCCGCGGGAACGCGAAGCACGGACGGAGACCGACUUGGCAAGUGUAGCAGAUGAAGGCGAGGAGGGUGUAGAAGAUCCGGAGCUGCCAAGUCAGGUCGAACAGGCAGAGGAGCAGUGGAGGAAGGCAGCUGAUGAAAAGCGGAUGGGCGAAGCAGAAGCCAAGAGGAGACGGGCUGAAGAGAUGCAACGGCGCAGUGAUGGCGACACCGAUCCUACCAUCUCUUUCCCGGGAACUGGAGACAUACGUGAAGCAUGGGAGCGUGGGGCACGAGCCGCUGCAAGGGCACACGUGGGAGAGGCAGGAGAGGAGCUCGCCAGCAAUGUGCGGCAGCAUAUCGAGGAGGAUAGGGGAUACGCGAAAGUUUGCUUGCCCAGCCUAAAGCGGAAGGCGGCUGAAGAGGCCCAGAGAGGGGACGUCGACGUGCCAGAGAAUUCGGGAGAGGCGAAAAAGAAGGAGGAGAGCAACGCGGGUGCUAAGGCUCAUAAGAUGGUGGAGGUAGAGGCGCACCAGAAUGCAGAGGAUGCGGCCCAUCGGUUCGUCGAUGCAGAGGCGGCACUUACGGCAGAGGACGGGGCGCCAAAGGAAGCAGAGUCUGCGGCGCAGCAGAAUGUGGGUGCAGAGGCGGUCAAGGGUGCGGAGGCAGUCGCGCGUAAAGAAGCGGGUGCAGCAGCAGAGCUGACCUCGGAGGCAGUCGAGCUGAUGGUAGUGGAGGCAGUGGCGCAGAAGGAAUCAGAGGCAAUGGCGAGCCAGAAGGAUGAGGCAGCGGCGCAGCAGAAUGAUGAGGCAGACGCACAUAAGGAAUCAGCGGCAGCAGCGGAGCAGAAGGAUGAGGGUGCGGCGCCCAGGAUGGUUGAGGCAGAGGCGCAAAAGGAAUCAGAGGCAGCGGCGCAGCAGAAGGAGGAGGGUGCGGCGCCGAAGAUGGUUGAGGCAGAGGCGCAGAAGGCAUCAGAGGCAGCGGCGCUGCAGAAGGAGGAGGGUGCGGCGCCAAAGAUGGUUGAGGCAGAGGCGCAGAAGGCAUCAGAGGCAGCGGCGCUGCAGAAGGAGGAGGGUGCGGCGCCGAAGAUGGUUGAGGCAGAGGCGCAGAAGGCAUCAGAGGCAGCGGCGCUGCAGAAGGAGGAGGGUGCGGCGCCGAACAUGGUUGAGGCAGAGGCGCAGAAGGAAUCAGAGGCAGCGGCGAGGGAGAAGGAUAAGGCAGCGGCGCUGCAUAUGGAGGAGGCAGACGCACAUAAGGAAGGAGAGGCUCGGAAUAAGGCAGAAGCAGCGGCGCGGCAGAAGGCGGAGGCAGAGGAGCGGAAACAGGCAGCGGAAGAGGCACUACAACUGGCUCGGGCAGAAGCGCGGAAGAAGGCUGUUGUAGAGGCGCAGAAGAAGGCGGAGGGUGAGGCGCAUAAGAUGGCAAAGGCCGAGGAGCAGAAGCAGGCUGAGGCAGACGCACGUAGGAAGCCAGAUGGAGAGGACGGUUCAGAUGGGAAUAAAAUGGUACAGACAGAGGGACGGGAGACGGCGGGUGCUGAGGGGCACAUCAUCGCAGAGGAAGAGGGGCAGCAUAACGAGGAGGCAGCGUCGCAGGUAUUCGCAUACCGAGAGACGCAGAGCAUGGCAGAGACAGGGCGUCAAAAUACUAUGGAGGAGGUUCGUGUCGUCCCGGAGGCUGGAGUGGGGCACUACGAGGGAGAUGCGCUGGAAACAGAAGAGGAGCAGAAUGAGGAGGAUACGGUACAUCCGGCAGUCCGGAUAUUUUUGGGAGGAAGUCCGACGCGGGGACCAGGAACCGGGGUAGAGGGGCCAUGGAGGGUGGCAGACGAUGGGGCGCCUAGGGAUACAGUGGAUCUCAACAGGCAGAGGCGGCCCACCCUUCACCAGAGAGCAGUGGAGAGGAAUCUCGGCCAAGGCGGGGUGGCAGAAGCGUUUUGGCAGGUAGAGUGGGUCGAGGCAGAGACGGCAAUACGGCGGAUGCUGCAUCGGACGAGUACAGUCCUGGUCGAACAAGGAGACAGAUUCGUCGAGGCCGAAAGCUGGGACAUAAGCCCGGCAGAGGUAACGCGUCGUCUGACGCUCUUAGCCCGAAUGGUGACGCAGACGUUCUGGAACUUGGCGGCCCGCAACAGUAGCAUCAGUCGCGACGUGGCCGAUCUGACCGUCCAUUACUGUCGCGACGCCCUGGCCAACCUGGAAGAAGUCCGCCAUGGAAACAAGGAACGGCGGCGCCAAGCUGAAACGGCGGCCAGGUUUCGCGAGGAGGUGGACACGAGACUCUCCAACUUGCAGGAGAGUAUCGUAAGGGUGAGUGAUCAGGUUUGCCAGUCGGGAGGGGGGAUGGCGGAGGGCACGUUAAAGGGGGUGGAAGAGAGGUUGAGAGAGGUUCUGAGAGAAGACUCUGAGCGGCGGAACAGUGAUAGACUGCAGGACGAGGAGCGGAGGCAGAAGGCCACGAGGAAGGAAGCAGACGCCGCAGAGAGACGGAAGAAGGAAGAACAGCAGGAGGAAGCGCGUCGGCAGAAGGAGAUGAGAGAGGGAAUGAAGGAGAUGAAGGAGGCGAUGAUGAAGGAGAUGAAGGCAGGAAUGAAGGAGAUGAAGGAUGGGAUGGUAAACCAGAUUGUGGGGAGGUUGAACGCGGUUUUGCGAGAAGAAUCCGAGCGGCAGAAGAAGGAGAGGCAAGUGGACGCGGAGCGGCGACAACAGCAGGACGCGAAGAGGAAACAAGUGGCAGACGACGAGGAGAGACACAAGAGGAAACAACUGGACGAGCAAUGGCGGAAGGAGGAGGAGGUGAAGAGGAAGGAUGUAGAGGCCACAGAGCGGCGGAGGAAGAAGAAACAUCAGGAGGAAGAGCGACGGCAGAAGGAGGUGGAGGCGGGAAUGAAGGAAGUGAUGGAGGCUGUGAAGGAGAUGAAGACGGGGAUUAAGGGGUGGAAGGAGGGGAUGCUAAGUGAGGUGGAAAAGCGGCUGUCAAUGGUUCUGAGAUUGGACGCAGAGCGGCGGCAAAAGGAGGAGCAGGGUAGGAAGGCAACGGAGGGAGAUCGGCGACAGAAGGAGGAUGCGCAGAGGAAGGAGGCAGAGGAAGCAAAGCGGGAGGAGGAGAGGCAGAGGAAGGAGGCAGAGGAGGUAGAGCGGCGUCAGAGGGCGAAACAGCAGGAAUUGGACCGCCUGCAGAAGGAGGAGACGCAGAAGAAGGAGGCAGAGGAGGCCGAGCGGCAGCAGCGGGCGAAUCAGCAGGACAUGGAGCGUCUGCAGAUGGAGGAGGCGCAGAAGGAGGCAGACGAGGCCGAGCGGCAGCAGCGGGCGAAACAGCAGGAGAUGGAGCGCCUGCAGAAGGAGGAAGCGCAUAAGAAGGAGGUAGAGGAGGCCGAGCGGCAGCAGAGGGCGAAACAGCAGGAGAUGGAGCGCCUGCAGAAGGAGGAAGCGCAAAAGAAGGAGGCAGAGGAGGCCGAGCGGCAGCAGAGGGCGAAACAGCAGGAGAUCGAGCGCCUGCAGAAGGAGGAAGCGCAGAAGGAGGCAGAGGAGGCGGAGCGGCAGCAGAGGGCGAAACAGCAGGAGAUGGAGCGCCUGCAGAAGGAGGAAGCGCAGAAGAAGGAGGCAGAGGAGGCCGAGCGGCAGCAUAGGGCGAAACAGCAGGAGAUGGAGCGCCUGCAGAAGGAGGAAGCGCAGAAGAAGGAGGCAGAAGAGGUCGAGCGGCAGCAGAGGGUGAAACAGCAGGAGAUGGAGCGCCUGCAGAAGGCGGAGCAGUGCCGAGCAGAGAAGAGGGCCAGACUUGCAUCCUACGCGGAACAGCAGCGGCAACUGGAGGCAAAGGCAAAGGCGAUGGCUGAAGAGACGGAACGAUUGGCAAGGGAGAUGGAAGAGGAGGAUUUGACCAUGCAGGGGGAGGGGACCUGGACAGGAGUCGAGGAGGAAAUAGCAGAGGGGCUGGGGAGUUUGCUGUUGAUUGAGAGCGGGGAGGCGAAUGUAGCAGAGGGCGUGGCUAGUGUUCCUGUACGGAAUGUAGAGGUGUCCAGGAGGCGGCCUAGACAAGAGGACAGGGAGCCGGAGGGUCAUGCGGCUAAGAGACGGCGUGCAGCUAGAAUACAGGAGUUGAUACCCAUAAUCCAAGGGGAAAAGAAAGGGAUGAAGAUCGACAAGUGUGACAACAGGAAAAACGCCGUAGUGGACGACAAGGGUAAGACUUUGGGUGUCUGCCUGCCGUUCAGGGGAAGCGGGUUCUCUCAACAGGGCGAGGGAGCUUUGCAGAAGUGGACGUCUGAGCAGACCGUCGGCGGCCGGAAGCGGAACCUCGGCUCUCACAAAACGGUGUGGGAGAGGGCAUACACGGUCGCAGUCUGCUGGAAGUUCUACUUCCCGGAUAUUGACAUGCAGGCAUACGGCAUGAAUCCAAACCGUAUUAACAAGUGGCGGGAAGACCUCGACUUCACAACGUGGCUUCCAACAGGGGUGUGGAGCGUCAUCAACGAACUCCACCUGGACAAACCGGAUGGAUUCUCACUCGUUCAAACCAACACGGCUCUUCGGCAGCAGCAGGGGGAUGGCUUUCAGGUAGCUGCCUGCGCUGGUGUCGGAAUAACUGCGUGGCAGAAGAUGGUGGGAGGCGUGGAGGGUGAAAACGGCUAUUCGACGGAAGAACACGCAAUCGGACUUGCCGCCACGUUGUCUGUAAUGUGGGCCGCAUCCACGAAUGUGGACCAGACCCAGUGGGAGACGGGCGCAACAACAGCUGUACGUGGAACUUCUACGGCCAUAGCAUCUUUUGCUGCCAGAUCGUCCACUGCUGCCACCGCCUCGUCGGCUGCCUCGUCAUCUUCUGCGGCCGAUGUGCCCUCUGCCGUCCACAAUGCCCUAGCGACGCUUGCAGCCUCGAUUGCUUGCGUUGCGGUUGAGGCGAUGAGGUCGGUAAAGGAUCAGGAGCAUGACAAGGAAGCGUGGAUUCUGCCCCUGUCGGAUGCGCUGCUGAAAGCGCUUCCGGCAGAGUCGCGAGCGGCCGAGGAUGCGAAGCGGAUGACGAGGGUGGUGGCAAAGGUGGUGACCUCUUGGUGCCUAUGCAGCAUGGCAUCAAGAGGCCUUCGCCAGCACCAGGGCGUCUGGCUCGGAGUCCUGCAGAAGAAGUUGGGCGGCCGGGAUACCACAACAGGGGCGGAUAAGGAGAAGAAAACCAAGAAAUCGUCCGCGAAGGGGAACGCGACGAAGGAUGCGUCGACGGAGGAGAACACCGGCACUGGCGGCCAGGAGUGA